AUGGUCUCGGCUGACGUGUCACUCUCAUCUCUCUCAUGUGGUAUCAAAGUCAAGGACCGCCCCCUCCAGGCCCUCCGCCGCCCUGGAGCUAUCAACAACCUCCUCCUUCGCAAUGGUCCCCGCAUCCCCCGCCUCAGCCCUACGGUGGUGGUCCGUACCAAGGACAUCAGCGUCCUCAUUCUUACUCUAACCCGCCUCCCCCUGUCCCAGGGGCCUAUCCUCCAGGGCCAUACGCUCAUCACACUCCGUCCCCUCAGCCCUAUGGACACAGUCCCUCACCACAGCCCCCUCAGCCUUAUGGUCACGCUCCCUCACCGCAGCCUCCUCGGCCCUAUGGACACCAAUCCUAUCCAUCACAGCCUCAUCUCGCUAUACACCAACCUGGUGCCCCCCCGCGCAAACUCGCCGAACUUGCCGCCUCCGCCGCCGCAGACCCUGCAGCAUUUCGGCCACGGGGCACCAUCUAACUACCAGUUCCAGUACUCCGCAUGUACCGGUCGCCGCCGGGCGCUACUGAUCGGCAUUAACUACUUCGGGCAGCCAAACGCGCUCAAGGGCUGCAUCAACGAUGUCAGCAACAUGUCGACGUUCCUGCACGAGCGCUUUGGCUACCGCCGAGAAGAUAUGGUCAUCCUCACCGACGACCAGAAGAAUCCAAUGAGUCUCCCGACCAAGGCGAACAUCCUCCGGGCCAUGCAGUGGCUCGUCCGCGACGCCCAGCCCCACGACUCCCUCUUCAUCCACUUCUCCGGUCACGGUGGUCGCACUCCCGACUUGGAUGGCGACGAGGACGAUGGCUUCGAUGACGUGAUCUACCCACUUGACUACCGUACCACGGGGCACAUCGUUGACGAUGAUAUGCACGCCAUCAUGGUGCGACCGCUGCGUCCAGGUGUGCGUCUCACGGCGAUCUUCGACUCAUGCCAUUCCGGUACUGCUCUGGACCUGCCAUAUGUUUAUUCGACCCAGGGUAUCCUGAAGGAGCCCAAUCUGGCCAAGGAAGCUGCCCAGGAUCUAUUCAGCGCCAUCGGCUCGUAUGGACAGGGUGAUCUAUCCAGUGUUGCAUCCACAGCGAUCAACUUCUUCAAAAAGGCCGCGAAUGGAGGACAAGCACGUGAGCGCACUCUUCAAACGAAGACUUCACCCGCCGACGUGGUGAUGUUUUCCGGAUCCAAGGAUACGCAGACUUCGGCGGAUACCUUCCAAGACGGCCAGGCGCGAGGCGCCUUGAGCUGGGCAUUCAUUAAAUCGCUAAAGCAGUGGCCGCAGCAGAAUUAUUUGCAGCUGCUUAAUACGAUCCGGGCGGAGCUAGAGGGCAAAUAUACGCAAAAGCCGCAGCUGAGCUGCAGCCAUCCCCUUGGCGCCCGGCCCCAUCCCAUCUUCCCCACCACGAACACUGGGACUGGGAGACUGGAAGUUCAGCGCUCGGAGGAUCCCAAGACAUCGGCAUUGAAGGGCCAAGAGGGGGCCACCAGACAUACACCCCCUGGUGAUCCUAUGGUACCUACCCGUGAUCCGUCCUGUACUCAAUGGGAAGAGCUCUGGAUACGAGUAAUCCUCACAUCCGGGCCGUUCAAUCUCCCACGCGCGAAUUUAAACUCCACUCAACAGCUCAACCCUUAA